AUGAAGGUCAUCAUUAUUCUAGCUCUCUGCAUUGCCUACGUUUGGAUUGCCGAGGCCGGAAUCCCUAUCAGUCACACAAUGCGACAUGAUGACUUUGAGCCUAUCAAGGAGGGCUGGCACAUUCCCAGUUAUGAAUACAAGUACGGAGUGGCGGAUCCAAAGACUGGAGACCAUAAAGAGGCAUGGGAGCAUCGUCAUCAUGAUCACGUCAAAGGUGGUUACUCACUCCACGAUGCUGAUGGUACACACCGCAUCGUUGAGUACACUUCCGAUCCAAAGACUGGUUUCCACGCCAUCGUGAAGACUGAAGGACACGCUAAGCAUCCCCUUCACUACGGGAUUGGCGGUGGGGCCGGAGGUGGAUUCUAA